AUGUCAUUUUGGCCAUUCACCAAUCCAUUGAAUAGCAAUAAUGCUUUGCUGAAGUUUUUAGACUCAGUACAGGAUUUAUCAACGGUAACAGUCGAAGAUCUAAUAGGUGACCCCACGAUCCUGCAAGAGCUUUUAAGUGAGCUUCAUAGUAUAAAGGGCAAUUAUAAUGCAAAAGGCGGUGCAGGUACCAACUUUCUGUUUCAACAACCACCGUCUCAGGAAAUUAAUGGCACCAGUUCAGAUACCGCAUCAUUCACUUCGUCAACUAAUGAAAACAAUAAUGCCAACGCCAAAGACACUAAGGGAACAAAGAUCAUUGAAAUAUUAAUUCAACCAUCAAUCUUGACCGGAUUGAUUGAUUAUUUGGUUAGAAGCGUUGAUUUUUUCCAUGAGCAGAGCAUCAAAGAACAGAAGACUGUUAUGGAAUUAUUGAAUGAAAAUCCACCAGAAACCGAUGAAGUUGAAGAAGAAGAGCUCGAAGAAGUGAGAAGUGGCAAGAUUUCUAAAGAUUCAGAAGAGGAGGAAUCAGAGGAUGAUAAAUUUCGUCGAAUGGUGCAAGCAGCUGCAGAUAUACUUUCAGUAGAUUUAUGGAUUGUUCUGAAUCGUAUUAUUGAAACACCAACCAUUAUGAAUGAAUUAUGGCUGAUUAUAAAUAUGCAAAAUUUACUGGAAAUUUGUCCCACAGUCUCAUAUUUGGUUCACAUUUUAGACCAAUUGAUGGAUACCAAUAGCAUAGAACUUUUGAACUUUAUCAGGCGUCAAAAGGAUCUUGUUGACACAUUCUUGGCUAAAAUCGAGGUUCCCAUGUUAAUGGAUUUCUUCUUCCGUGUUGUACAAACAGAUAAACCAGACUCACCUACAGGUAUUAUAGAAACAAUCGCCCUGCAAAAUCUUAUUUCGAAACUAAUUGAUAUUUUAAAACCAGAAAGCUCACAAUUUGCAUUAGACAGUUGUAUCCCAAAUCACCAAUUAUUUUUUAAACAAACCGCAGCAACCGAUUUCUUGAAAGCCUUGGUUACAAUUUCAUCAAAUGCAGCUUUGGCUGUAGUAUUGGAAACUAAUAUUGGGCCUAAUCAGUUGACACGAGAGUUGGUAUCACCAGAAAUUGUUAAAACAAUGAUAAAUGAGAUCAUGUUGGUGAAAAUUAAAGAGAAAGAUGGCAAGUACCAAACCAACAAACACGGAAUAAAUAAUUGUGUCAGUAUUGUAAUUGAACUUAUUCGAAAGAACAACUCGGAUUAUGAUCUCAAUUGUGGAUCUUAUAGUUCCAUGCUUCAAAAUGGAGAUGGGAGCCCGGGUGAAAUUAAUUCGUAUGUUAUGUUCCAAUGGUUGAAAGACUUUGAACAAAAUCCACCGGGUCCAAGAGAUCCAAUAUAUUUGGGAGAUAUGCUUGAACUUUUUUCGAACAAUUUAGACAAAUUUGCAGAAUUAAUUCAGAUGGAACCAAUCCUUCCUAUGCAUGUGGAUACAAACAUACUAGGAUUUACAAGGUUUAAGUUGUCAGAAUUGAUUGCAGAAUUAUUACAUUGUUCCAAUAUGAUUUUGCUUAACUCCAGAAAAAUCAAAAAAAUCAUAAGUGUUAGAGACCAGAUUAGGUCACAACAAGAAAAAAGACUAAAGAAAGCAUUAGAAGACCAGAUUUCAUUUCCCGAGUCCCCUAGUAUCAAGCAAGUGACUUCAGGUAUGGAUGAUGUGUCGUUAGACGAUAUUCAUUUUGGCACUCAUUCGAGUGACGAAUCUAAUGAGUACAGGAAACUUGUUGAUAGUUUAGAUGAUGUGGAAGAUUCCGAAGACGAAGAGCCUUCAAUUUCACCAGAGAAUCCAUUUGUUUGUAAAGAGAGAGACAAUACAAUUAGAGGAGAUCCGUGUGUAGGGGAUUUCUUCAAGAUAAAACUACUUGAUCUGAACAUAUUGUACGAUAUUAUCAAUAUGUUUACAAAGUUUCCAUGGAAUAAUUUUUUCCAUAAUGUCGUAUUUGAUUUGAUACAACAAAUAUUCAAUGGUAAACUCAACUCAUACAAUUCUUUCUUGAUUGUUGAAUUGUUUAAAGAGAACAAAUGUAAUUUGACAGAAGUAGUCGUGAAAAGUUAUAAGGAAGAAGUAACACCAAGACCAGGCUAUAUGGGCCAUUUAAUUUUAAUCAGUGAAGAAAUAGUUAAAUUCACAUCACUUUACAAGCCUGAUUUGAUAUCUCCAGUAAUAGUGGUUGCUGUUCAAUCUGAAAACUGGAACUGGUUUGUAAAUGACAUCUUGUUAAAGACUCGUGAAGUGUACAAUGUUGUUCUUGGUGCAGAAGAAGGAGAUGAAAGUAAUGAUUAUGGAUUUGACUCAUCAUCAGUAGGGUACCUUGAUAUGGACCAGCCCAAGAAAAUAAUCUUGGGAGAUGUAUCUAAUCACGAAGAGUUUGUCAACGACCGAUCUGAUGAAACAAAUGGUGAUGGCCAAGAGGGUAAUGAAGACGAUAGUGGAAAUGACUCUGGUGAUGAUUAUGAUAUGAACCAAUUUCUUGUUCCUGAAGUCAAUAUACUGAAAAUGACACCUAGUGGUGAUUUGAUUAGUCAUGGAUCACAGGAUGAUGAUGACGAUGACGAUGAUGAUGACGAUAAUGAUUUAGAAUACGAAGGUGAUACUGGUGAUAAUGGUCAAGAUACAAAAUAUUUAGAGAAUUUGUCAGGAAGUUCAUCAGAUGAUGAAGAUGAAGACGAUAUAGAUGAUGAUGACAUAGAAGAUGACGAAGACAAGAGCAAUGAGUUACGAAGAGUACCAAACCAUAGCAAUCAAUGA